AUGCUUCAAAUCUGGCAAUUCAAGAACAGGCGGAACCAGGUGUUCGCCAAUGGUGUUAUCUUAAUCGCUCUGGUUUUCGGUUUCUAUUUCAUAGCCUGGCAGACCCUUCGAUUGCCAGAUAUAGAAGACGCGACACAUACAGAAACAGAAAAUAUAGGCGCCUUCUUUCCAGCGGUGGAAUUGCCCUCACCUAAGCCGCCAAAGCCAGACAUACCGCGACCCAGUCCACCCAAUCCCCAAAGCCCGCCUCAGUUGGCACCGACUCCAUUACCACCCACUCCCGAAGCUCCUGCACCGUCUUCGACGGCAUCUACGACAGCUUCUUCUACAACCCCAUCGUUAGCUUCUUCUUCGACAGCUCCUCCGAACCCGUACGACCGCACAAAGGUUGCCUUUCUUGUUGAAACACGCCCGCUCCCUCACCUCCCAGCCCUCUUCGCACAUAUGAUAUCUGUGAUCCCAGCGGAAUGGACUUUCAGGUUCAUGGGCGGACCCUCGGCGCUAGAAUUCAUGCGGGCGAAUCCUAUGCUUUCACGAUACGAAAAAGCUGGCAAGUUGGAAUUUCUUGACGUGCCUGCGAAUUAUUCUCUCAAGGACCGUGAUACCAUUUCUCAGAUGUUCACAGACCAUCAUCUGUAUUCCAACAUCCUAGCCCCCGCCGAACAUCUUCUUGUGUUUCAACCUGACAGCAUAUUCUGUGCAGGUGCUCCUACGACAUUAAACGACUAUCUAGAAUAUGAUUGGAUUGGUGCACCAUGGUCGCCAACUGCUCAAUUUGGGGGAAAUGGCGGAUUGUCAUUGCGAAAAGUUUCAAAAAUAGUUCAGAUCUUGGAAAAGAAGAAGCGUGAGAAUACGGGUAUGCCUUUCGAGGACGAAUGGUUGAGCAGAGAAUUGAAUUCGCUUCCUGGGGCUAAGAUGGCAACUGCGGAUAUUAGUAAGACCUUCAGUGUAGAAAGUGUGUGGGAUGAGACACCGCUAGGGUAUCAUAUCGGCUGGAUGGGCGUUCAUCACCCGCAGAUUUGGGACAAUAAAGAUCAAGUCGACCAUAUCCUCAAAUACUGUCCCGAAGUCAAGAUAAUUUUAGGCAUGAAACUCGAUAACGAUAAACCGCAGGCGAUACAAGAAAUAGCGCAAGCUGAAAAAGAAGAGGAGGAGAAAUCAGCUGCAUCAAACGCACGGCCGGAGGUACCUAAGGAAAAGAAGUAG